AUGGUCUGCACGCAGCGACAGCAGCAGCAGGACGCCACAGCAGUCUCGGCCUUGUCCGCAUCCAUAUCCGAUGGCAAGAAGCACCUGCUGCUGUCGGCUUCGGGCUCCGUCGCCACCAUAAAGCUGCCAAAUAUCCUCCAGGCGCUCGGGGAGGCUUACGACCCGUCGCGGCUCUCAAUCCGCGUAGUCCUCACGCAUUCGGCAGAGCACUUUCUGGCAGGCCAGGCCGAGGAGCAACCUACGCUGGAAGCCAUCAGGGCCAUUCCGUGUGUUGACGCCGUGUAUGGAGACGCCGACGAGUGGGGCCCACGGCCAUGGAAGAGGGGAGAGGGGAUUUUGCACAUAGAGUUAAGAAAGUGGGCCGACGUAUUGGUCAUUGCCCCGCUGAGCGCAAACACCCUGGCCAAGAUCACAAACGGCAUCUGCAACAACCUUCUGACCAGCGUCGUGCGCGCCUGGGAUACCGACGGCGUCGUGGAUGGCCGCAGGAAGCGCAUCAUCGUCUGCCCCGCCAUGAACACGGCCAUGUGGCGGCAUCCCAUCACGGCCAAGCAGAUCCGCACGCUGGAGAAGGAUUGGGGAGUCGCCGGUGCGCAAGGCGAGAGUGAUGGCGGUUGGUUCGAGGUCUUGCCGCCUCAAGAGAUGAAACUUGCAUGUGGUGAUGUUGGCGUUGGUGGGAUGGUGGACUGGAAACAGGUUGUAAAGGCCAUCGAGCUGAGGCUGGAUUUGAGCCGAGACCCACGGGACCAGCCGACAUGA